UCGGCUCGGUGAGUUGGUGUUACACUUGACUCGGGGAUGUCUCAUGGCAGAACUACGAGGAGUGUGAAAGAGCAAAUUUAAAAACGCCGAUAAAUACGCCGACCAUGAUCAUCAGACCGCCUUCUUGAAGUCUUAUUUGGUGCUGUGGAGUUCCCAAAAGUGGAGCGUGGCUCGUCGUACGCAAAUGGUGCCUUGUAUCAGUGUGUCACUCCAAGUUGGCUCACUCCAGCGGCCGUUCAGCGCGACCACACCCUCCCCGCUUCCUCAAAGUACUGCAGUGGGAGCGCGCGACGCCGCUUUGAAUCUCUGGGAAUAAGGGCCACCUCUUGCAAACCAAUUUUUACUUUUGGGGACACUGCCGCCUGUACUCGCAACACGUGGGACGACUACCGAACGUGGGAUUCAUGAAACGAUGGCGCUGGAAGGAAAACCACCUUUUCUUGCUGUCCAAAAGUACUGCCCGGAUGGUGUCCCGUCUGUAACCAGCCUGAGUACGGCAGACCGGUCAAACUUAACGGGAACCAGUCGGGCAAGGUGCUGUUCAAGAUCCGCCCUUAUUCGAGUGGACACAAGAUGAUAUCCCAUUGAGCUUAACCGAAAGAAACUUCAGUUAAUUAUCAAAAAAGUUUGAGUUUUUUUUUCAUUGUCACAGAUAAAUGGUGUAAUCUAUAAUCUUACUAAAACAGCACAAUUUUCAAAUGUAUUCAAAGUUCUUUUAACUUGAUUUUUUUUGUCUAUCUCGUAUGUAAAUUGCAUAAUGGACCAUUUUCCAUCUGCACUUUGCCUAUCAGAAGGCAUUUACUUGCAGUUUGUGAUUUCAUUUCAAAUUCAAUCUGUGAAUUUUUCUGUUUCUGUUGCCUGAGGCUAUACUGAUACUUGUAUUUUUAACUCAGGGCAUUUACAUUAAUCGGUCCGCACAAGCUCUUAUACGCUAAUAUUAGUAACUGACUGAAGUAAAUAACAAGGGGACAAUUGGAUUGUCACUUCAAUAAUGCAGUACAUUUCUUUUACUUUUCACCAGAGUUUACAAUAGCAUUAUAACCAAUAACUCCAGUGUAACAGCAUAUAAUGUACAGUUGAUUUGCCAUAUUUUGAAGGAAUUUAAGGAAGACUUUUGGCCAGUUGCUUUUUGUUUUGCUCUGAAAUUUUAAACUGCAGUGAGCAUCGGCUUGGAACUUCAACAGAACAAUGCAAUUUGCAGCAACAGCGGAAAACUAUAAAUAACCUUGUCAAAAAGAGCGGUUUGACCAUCCCAACUGGCACUCCCCUCCUUAUUAUGGCUAGUGGUGGCUCUGGCAAAUCGACUAGUGAGGGAUCCAUCAGCACACCCAGUGGCAGUCUUCAGCAGAGAAAGCGCCUUUCGUCUAUCUGUGACACAUGUAAGGGCAAAAUGCAGCUGGUGGCCGACAUCCUCCUGCUGUCCAGUGAGACCAGGCCAGUCAUGACUUCUGAGGGUGUGGCAGUGGCAGACACCUUUGACCAGUGUCGCGAUACGGUCAUUGCAAGGACGAAAGAGCUCUCUAUUCUCACCCAUGACAUACAAAGCCAGCUCAACAUGGGCCGAUUCACAGAGGUGGGGGACCGCCUGUUGGAGAUGGCUGAUCUAGUGGUUUCUUUGACUGAGUGCUCUGCCCAUGCUGCGUAUCUGGCAGCAGUAGAGACCACCGGCUCACAGCCCUGCUUGCCUGGUCUUGUGGACCGUUACAAAGUGACCCGUUGUCGGCAUGAGGUUGAACAUAGCUGCAGCGUACUCCGAGUCACCCCACUGCUGAACCUCACUCCCCAGCUCCUCCUCGAGCUCUCCCAGAACAUCUCCACCAACCUCAAGACUCUGACAGACAUCUCGUCGCUGGCCAGCGAAAGGUCCAGGGACCGCUUUGGAAAAGAGCAGUUCAAACUUAGCGUCAAGAGCAUGAGCACUAGCGGCACUGCUUUCCUGGCUUGCGUAAAAGAGGUCAAAACUCAGCCCAGCGAGCUAACAAGGAAUCGUUGUGUCCUCUUCAGUGCCGCACUGGUCCAAGCAGUCAAUGCGCUGGUCAGCUUUGCCACAGAGCCUCAGUUCCUGGGGAGAGCUGCAAGUAUUUCUACUGAAGGGAAGGGUGUACAGACUGCAGUGUUAGGGGGUGCCAUGAGUGUGGUUUCAGCGUGUGUCCUCCUCACCCAGGGACUCAGGGAUGUUGCCCAACACCCUGAGAGCAGCUCCAAAAUGGCCGAUUACCGGGAACGCCUACGGAACUCAGCGUGUGCUGUGUCAGAUGGCUGCACCCUGCUCACACAGGCACUCAGAGAGCGCUCAUCUCCAAGGACUCUGCCGCCAGUCAACUCUCAAUCUGUGACCUAGUUCAGGGAGAGCCAGUAUGAUUUCUGGUCCAACUCUGUCCUAUAAGAACAUACCAAAGAGACAUAUUAUCCCCGAUCAUCAGGUUAGGAAAAGGUUCCAACAAACGUGCUCGGAAGUCUGGUGUUCAUGAAGAGCGCUGAAACAUCAAUGAGCAAUUCUCUUCAGGGUUUUGGGUCAUGCUGGAUAUGACUCUUAACCUAUGUAAUCAGGCCACUUUGACACCGUCACUCUAAAGUGAGCUCAGGCCCAUUUCCUGAUCUUCACAAACUGGCGCCACCCUCCUAACCUGAAAAGUUUACCUCAGUUUUCAGUUCUGGUGAAAAUACCAGCCCUGAUGUAGGAUGGAUGUAGCCUUGCUAUGUGAACCUAUGAUUGACUGACCUGCUCGAGCUUGGUAGGACUGACAUGUGUCUCGAUUUUGCUUUGUUCAAUGUGUGUGAAUUCCUACUUGGUAAAGCUGCUGUGAGUGUGCCACAGGCUUUUACACAUUUUUAGACUUCAUAUAGUAUUUUAAUGUGUUCGACCAUGCAUGUAAUGGAGUAUUUAUUUCAACAAUUAAAAUGUUUCUGAUAA